AGUCUCUUCUCAAUAUCCAUACCUCUCAUCAUCACAAACAUUCCUUUACUUUGUCAAUAAUUUGGUCUCAAUUUAACCAUAUAAAUAUUUGUGACUAGAUAGCAUAUUCCAGACCCAUACCAUCUAUCAUAACAUGAGAAUGGCACCACAAAGCUACUUUAUAAUAGUAUGUUUCAUCAUCAUUUUUGCAUGCUGUCCCUUGUGUUUAGUUUCAUCACAUUCUGAUGAUGGCCUUGACAAGUUCAUUGAGAGCAAGAGGUACCAAGUGACCAAGCACCGGAGUUCCCUCAAGAUUGUGAAUGUCGAUGAUUUCGGGGCUAAAGGAGAUGCAAGUGAUGAUUCAGAGGCAUUUCAGAAAGCAUGGAAGGAAGCAUGUUCUUCAGACAGAGCGGCAUUUGUUGUUCCUUCCGGGAGAGUGUAUCACCUUAAGCCUAAUUCAUUCCUAGGCCCAUGCAGACCUCAUCUCAGUAUCAUGAUAUAUGGGACAAUCAAAGCUUCUCCGCAUCGUUCAGAUUAUAAGAAAAACACAAAUGAAUGGCUUGUUUUCCAGAAUCUGACAGAUGUAGUAGUAGGAGGUGGUGGAACAAUCAAUGGAAAUGGAAGAAAGUGGUGGCUACAUUCUUGCAAAAUUAACAAAGCCUUUCCUUGCACCCAUGCACCAACGGCAGUAACGUUCGACGGGUGCAAGAAUAUGAAGGUGGACAAUCUGAAGAUUAGGAAUGCACAGCAGAUGCAUCUUAGCUUUAAGGACUGUAACAAUAUAAAAGCCUAUAAUCUCAGAGUGAUUGCGCCCCAGACCAGCCCCAACACUGAUGGAAUCCAUAUUACUGACACCAAGAACAUUGAAAUCUAUAGUUCUGUUGUAAGAACAGGUGAUGAUUGUGUCUCGAUAGUGAGUGGAUCGAAGAACAUUAAAAUCAUGGACUUGACAUGCGGACCAGGUCAUGGAAUCAGCAUUGGAAGCUUAGGAAAAGGUAAUUCUGUUGAUCAUGUUUCAAAUGUACUGGUGGAUGGAGCUAGACUAUCAGGAACCACCAACGGCGUCAGGAUUAAAACAUGGCAGGGGGGAUCUGGAUAUGCAAGGAACAUCAGAUUUCAAAAUAUUGUAAUGCACAAUGUCAGCAACCCGAUAAUUAUAGAUCAAAAUUACUGUGACAAGAACGGACCCUGCCCAGAACAGAAGUCGGCAGUACAAGUUGAAGAUAUCAUAUACCGGAACAUCAAAGGGACGAGUGCAUCAGAAGAAGCCAUAAAACUGGACUGCAGCAAGAGUAUCCCAUGUCGAAGGAUUUUGAUGCAAAAUAUAGAUCUUCGUCGCCUAGGAGAGGGGGACUCCGAUGCCUCAUGUGUCCAUGUUGCAGGCCUAUUGGAAAGAGACACCAUAUUCCCCCAAUGUUGAUCAAACUCAGCAUAUGUUCAGGGUUGUCUUAAGUGAUACCGUCAUAUGCAUAGUUAGUUUGCUAGGCACAGAAAAAAGAUAGCAUUUUUUCUCCUCAGUUAAUAUAUUAAUUUGGAUACAGAAGUAAUAAGUGAUUUGUUUCAUUA